UUUACUACUCAUCCCCAUCUCUCUCGAAAUACGCCACCGAUUCGCGCAAUUGAAGCAUCUCUUAUAUAACUAGACACCUCCUUCACACAGAGACGAUGCCGCGCAUCCCUCCAGCACUGCAAGUCUUUCCCACGCUCACCCGCUUCGCAAUUCGUCCUCGGCGGCUUGCAGAGGUCCCGAUUGGAGGUCCUGCGAGCAGUGUCUCUGCCAAGGCGCUGCAGCAGAGCGCGAUACAUUUGUAUCAUGACCUGGGCGUGUUGGUGUUUGCGGGGUGUUCGGUGAGGGAAGUUCGGCGGAUAGGAGAUGUGCUGAAGGAGAUUGUUGCGUUGGGGGGGCAGGGAGGAUUGGUGACGAGGCUGGAUGCAUGGGAGGGUGAGGUUGUGAGGAGGCGGGAGAAGAGUGUUGAGGAGAAGGAUUUGUAUAAGUCUUUGGAUGAGAAGAGGACUGGGAUUAUCAAGCCGACGGCAUUACUACAGCUUGCCACUUCACGGUUUGAGAAGACAUUCAAGGAGAGAAUACCGGAGCUCAAGAGCGCAAAGGACAUUGAUAUUCGAGAAACGCAAGUCAUCCUACCGGCAUCACCUCCGCCAAGAGGAAUCAUUAACAAAACAGUCGACGGCCCACGCCGACUCCCCAUUGAGUCCUUCACCACAAUGGGCGUCAACCGUGUCAGCGGCUUUACCAUCGGCGAGACACGCUUCUUUACUGUCGGCUCGAACAACUACGUAGGCGGAGCAAGAGUAGACUACAUGAUGCUGAAAUACGACGAAAAGAAGGACAGCAAGGACAAGAGCGCAAACGUCAGCGUAACGCCGUAUUGGGGCCACGGAAAGCUUAAGCAGCGGAGGAGAGCCAGCGACGAGACACAGGGCGCCAUCUUUGACGACGUCGUGAGCAAGGUGAUGCAGCCGCUGUGGGACGUGGAGCGCAGUGUCUGGGCCACCAAGGCAGAAGAGCUGGCGAAGAAGGAGAAGAAGGAGGCAAGAAAAGGGGAGGCGAUAAUACCCAACCAAGGUCUGCUUGAGCGCUUGUACAAAGAUAAAGAACAAUAGCAUGUACAAUAUGGUGGACGUUACGAGUUAUGAUGAGCAUUGCCAAAAAAAAUCACGCUGGACAA